UUGUUUUCAUUAUGGAGCCAUAAACACGGAGAAGUGCGCGUUAUCUGUGUUGUUACGCACGUCGGAGUUAAAUCAGCAGAUAUUUGCAUGGAGUCUGGUGCGCGCCGUUUAACCUGCUCGCAUCUUUUUUUUUAUUGAUCACAGGAGGAGUGUUGCACUUUUGUAUUAAUUCUGUGUGUUCUUUGUGUGUGAUGUGAUCUAAUUACGUCAUAAGUGGACCUUGAUGGCACCUCCUCGGGGUUCGGGGUUUGAUUCCUCCACCUGUCCUGUUGGUCAGAAGUACACUCGGCUGUGAUUCCUCCCCAUUUUUUCAGCCGAACUGAACCAGUUGCCUUUCCCCUCCUUUGACUGACAGCACGGCUCCUAUUCACUUCCCCUGGCCGUGGGGACCAAUCAGCAGCAGCGGUGGGCGGGGCCUCGGUAAAACCAGCUCCACCAAAUAUUCCCAGUCGCGCUCCCUUGCAGUUACUCUCCAUCCAGGUUUCGGAGCAGCGCUGAGGCAUCACCCCUGCGUACUCUGCGGGCGUUUUUGGAUCCGGAUCUUUGGCAGGAGCCGCAGCGCGUUGUGUUCUGGGGACCUCUAGUAUGAGAACUUCCAUUCCAGCUCCUUUGAUUUCUUUCAUCCUCAUAUUUGAUCAUUUUCUUAAUUUUGACCAUCCGAACUCAUUGCUUCGCCCUUCUCAUUUUUCUGCUGCUGUCACCCACAGUUUGUUGCUCACCGCCACCUCCACCACCGCCACCUCCACCAGCACCUCCACCAGCAGCAGCAGCAGCAGCAGCAGCAGCAGCAGCUCCAGCUGAAAGGGGGAAUAAUCUCACCAUUCCAACCAGCCAGCCAUCUCCUGUCCGUCUCUGUGCUGCUGCUGCUCUUCUGGAUCUUUGGCUGCACUGCUGGACUAUAACGCAGAGGAUUUAUAUUUGUAUUGAUUUCCAUCUGCCGCCCGGUCCACAGCGGACAACACCACUUUCUUUUUUUUCUUCUUCUUCUCUCUGAGGGAUGUAUUUCAGCGCUCUGAAGGGGAGAAUAUAAACGCACUGCCCGCUGAAUGAACUGCUGCCGUGCGCCUUUUGGUUUGUUGGAGCAGGAGAUGCUCCUCUACGUCUGAUCUUGGGUUUGUUGUCCGUGCGCAGCCCCUCUGGAUCGGGAUAUAAGCUGAAGAGAUUGCCGCCGUCAGCCCUUCCUGGAGCGCUUGUCGCCUGAUUUAUUUUUCGUGGACACAUUUGGUGAUUUUGAGAAGGAUUGUGCACCCCACCCGGAGGCGCGCAGGCUCACCAUGGGGGACUCGAUGUGGAGAUAUUAUUUCGGAGUUUUGUUUAUUGCCUUCAAAGUGGACUUGUGCCGGGCGAUCAUCCUGGAGUCCAUCUACUGGAACACAACAAAUACCAAAUUCGUGCCAGGCCAAGGCGUGGUAUUGUACCCCCAGAUCGGGGAUAAGUUGGACAUUGUGUGCCCCCGCGUGGACGGCGGGGUGUCCGAUGGCGUGGAGUAUUACAAGGUGUACAUGGUGCCCAGGGAGCAGCUGGAGAGCUGCACCAUCACCAAGGCCGACACGCCGCUCCUCAACUGCGUCAAGCCCGACCAGGACGUCAAGUUCACCCUCAAGUUUCAGGAGUUCAGCCCGAAUCUGUGGGGCCUGGAGUUCUUCAGGGGGAGAGACUACUACAUCAUCUCUACAUCCAACGGCACCAUGGAGGGCAUCGACAACCAGGAGGGGGGCGUGUGCAAGACCAAGUCCAUGAAGAUAAUCAUGAAAGUGGGACAAAAUCCCUCUGACCCUAUUUCACCCAAAGACAACCCCACCAGAGUACCCUACCCCCCCAAGCACCCAAACGAGAAGGACACCUACAACCCCAACGAUGUCCUGGAGAAACCAGGUGUGUCACCCAGAGAAAGCAUUGACAACGACAACGGCGGCAAGUCCUCCAGCGUCAUCGGCUCGGAGGUGGCCAUCUUCGUGGGCAUCGCUUCGGGCAGCGUCAUCUUCAUCAUCAUCAUCAUCAUGCUGGUCCUGCUGCUGCUCAAGUACAGGCGGCGGCACCGCAAGCACUCGCCGCAGCACGCCGCCACGCUGUCUCUAAGCACCUUGGCCACGCCCAAACGGAGCGGAGGCGGCGGGAACAAUAACGGCUCGGAGCCCAGCGACAUCAUCAUCCCGCUCAGGACUGCUGACAGCGUCUUCUGCCCGCACUACGAGAAGGUCAGCGGCGACUACGGCCACCCGGUCUACAUAGUUCAGGAGAUGCCGCCUCAGAGUCCGGCCAACAUCUAUUACAAAGUCUGAGUCGGAACUUUUACACGCAGGAGACGAACUGGAACGCUCCCCGGGCAGAGCGGGUUUUUUUUGGCUUCGCCUGGCGCCGCUGGCAUGCCCGCGAACACUCUCGCUCUUUCUCUCUCUGUCUCUCUCACUCUGUUGACUCCUCCUCCUCCUCCUCCUCCUCUCCUCUGAUGUUUUGUCACUAUUUUUUUCUUAAUCGAAGUUUUGCUGAUACCUUUGUCGCUCUGGUUUGGGCCCGGCGGGUGCGGACGGGUCGGGUUUGGAGGGCCGGAGAGAAGGCUGCUGCUGCUCUCUGGAGCUCCGGCGGGGAAACGGGAGAGGACGAUCUCUUCUUUCCCCACGACAUUGCUCCCCGUUUUGCUUUGCGCGCCGCGGCCCGGCAUUUUUUUAACAGGAACUGAGUGUUUGCGGGGUCAGAACGUUACGACGGAUGCACAGUGUGUUUGUUUUUCUUUUCUUUCACGGAUCGGACGGACAGACGGAUGUUACGGAUGUGGAAGGUUUCCUGGCACGACAGGAGGGGAAGGAAUCUGUGGCCUCACCUUAAAGAGAGACUACUGCUCGGGAAGAGAGAGGGAAAGAGACAAACAAACAACGACAACAAAAAAAACACGAGUGAGGAGGAGAGGUAAAGGAGAAUACGGGGCUGACCACGAACUCACAAAAUGGCCGCCCUCUCUCCUCGACGCUCACAGGCCGGAGAGACUCUGUGGAUUUAACCAGCCGGACGAGGAACAAAACGGAGCGCGAUCCUCACGGCGGUUCCUCUCCGGGACUUUCCUGACUGACUCACGGAGAUCACCCAUCACCCUGCCACCCACAUCCUCACCAUCACAUGUACACAUCCACCCACGCACACAGACACACUGUCUCACCGGUCAAUGUGAACUGUUUGGGUUCCGGUGUGGACCGCACCAUUUCUCUCCUCACGCUCAGAUCUGUUCUCUCGAAUCUCUCAGAUGUUACUUGAAGUUUUUUGUCAACAUUAACUGAUCUUUGUUUUUUUUCAUAUCUGAUGUAGUUCAAAUGCAGACAGAGAGUUUUGUUUUUCUUCUUUUUCCUUUACGUGACGUGUCAUAUCCCCGAUGUGACGUUUUUAAACACAAGUGACCCUACGGUGGCUCGGAGCGGCGACGGCGUGAGACGAAGGAGUGAGGAUUAGUUUUUUUUUUGGUUUUGUUUGUUUCUCAAUUGUUGGUCGCCCUCACUCCGGGUGUCAGGUCUGCCCAGGUGGCUUCUGGGAAGAGUGGAGGACUUUCAUAUUCAUAGAGCAGCACUUUUAACCCCGUCGUUGGUACCUCCACUCUUCACAGCGAGUCCGAGAGAGACGCAGUGAUAGCUAGAGAUGGGAGAGCAGCUGUAUCCCGUCAGAUUUAGUAACGAGGGCUCGCCUCAACUUUAGAACCUGGGCCUUUCACACAGGCGGGUGUCAGGGGGCAAUAAGAAAUCCAGUUCGCCUUACUGCCGCUUUUCGCAUCAGGUGAAGAAGAGGCCCGAGAUGUAGUUGAGGUUAGCAUAGCUGGCUGCAGCUCUAGGUACUGUAAUGUUUACCCCUAGGGGUCCGAUGAUGAUUAAGGGUGCCCGAAGGGCCCAAAAUCACCGUGACCGGUGCUCUCCUAUUCUUGUUUUUUAAAAAAAGCACAGGGACAUCUUACUUAACAUUGUCACUGUUUCUCAAUCUCCAUUAGCAUUUCCAUAUUGUGAGUUCUUCAUUUACUUCUUUUUUUUUUUUUUUUUUUUUUACAAAAUAGAUGUACAUUUAAAAAAAAAGGACAUUACAAAGAUGAAAAAUACAAAAAAUAACAUAAAAAGCAGAAUUUAUUUAUGAUAGACACAUAGAGCACAGGUGUUGUCAGGCGGUGAGGAGGAGAAGAAGAAGAAGAAGAAGAAGAAGAAGAAGAAGAAGAAGAAGUAACGUUAAUAUAUUAUGGUAUAAGUGCACAUUAUGCAAUCUAGGUUUUUGAUUAUUUGAUAUCUCUCGACCCGCUGAGUCCCGUACUUUCAUGAGCUCUCGGUCCUGGGAAGGAGGACCCGGGGAGGGCAGCCUGGACCCCCCGGGCCCCCCGAGGGGAGGAGACUUAUCUGACCCACAAUAGCUCACGUUGGUGUACACAAGGGCAGAGUAGCUGUGUCUCCCACACUCACUCAGUGUAGCAUCUCCCAAAGGAUAAUUGUCAUGAACACCCAGCGCCCCCCGAUUGUCCUCAUACACACCCUCCAUGUUCCCUGUGCAUGUGUGUGUGUGUGUGUGUGCGUAUGUGUGUGUGUUGAGCAAGUCUAUAUUUCAGUGACUUCACAUUCAUUAAUAUCUUUGGCCUGAGAUCAUAAUCGCGACUCAUGCCGGCGCCCCGCCCCGCUCCCCGCCUCGAGCAUGCAUCAUCGACAUCGUCAUUCGAUCAUAAAAGAACAUCAAAAUUUCACCGAAAAAGCCAAGCCUUGUCUGAUCUGAGGUUUGUGCCUCUGAGAGGCUACAAAAUCUGCAAAUAUGCAAUUCUUAUUUAUUUUUUUAAAUCAAUUCUGAGGAAAAAAAAACAACAAAAAAAAAACAACAACCACCACCUAUGGAAAGUGUUCUUAACCACUGAGAGAUGUAACGACAAACUAAACGACACAAAAACUAGCAAAAGUGCGUCACGCGAGCCUGCUGGUCGAUUUUUGUUUCCUGCGUUAGUUUUAUUUUAAAUUUUAUUUUGAACCUGUUUCUGUUCUAACUGUGUGCCGUAGUACAAAAAGGUAAACUGUGAAAAACAAGAAACCAUUAGAGAAGCAUAUAUAUAUCACACCUGGACAGGUAUUUAAAGAAAAAAAACACAGACACACACGCACACACACAUAUAUACAACAAAGAAAUGGCUGUUUAGUUGCUGUCUGUCUGCGGCAGAAUCUGACAAUCUUAUUAGUUUCUUUGAAUCUGACGUCCUUUUCUUAGCGGCCACUCGACUAACUCUCUCCCAACAUUGACCCGGUUCUGCUCAGACCCGUCGUGUGAAGAAAACGUGGCAGCGAUGCUGUGAGAGUCUUAGCAGCGCGGGGGCUAGGAGAAGCACCUCAGGCUACUGUAAAAUGCCUUGCUCGUAUGGUCAGCCCUUGGUCACUUGACUCAGUAAUUUUGCACCGUACUUCUGUAGGUAAGAAAACUGUAAAUACAUUAAUGUUUGUAUUGUAUAUGGAUCCUGGGUUGUUACAAUAGCCUUAUUCACCUUUUUAGGAAAGUAAACGGAAAAAAAAAAAAAA